AGCUUGGAUACUUCCAGCGACACAGCGUCUGUAAUCUCAGUUCUUCACUGAAACUGUUGCAACUGAGGAAUGUUGAAGGAUUCAUAAGGAACCAGAAAUGGAUGAAUGUGCUGAUUGGCUCCUUCUUUGUUGACAGUUUCAUGGACUAAUGGCAGCUUCAGGCAACAGUUCCUGUUUGUGUUAAUUUUAGCAAACUGCUGCAGGUUAGAGAGGUAGAGGAGCUCAGAGGGAGCAGGAAUAUUGACGAUGUCCCGGGAACAGCUGGCUGUGCAGCGGGCCAGGCGCUCCUUCCAGACAGGCAGAACCAAACCUCUGGAGUUCAGAAUCCAGCAGCUGAAGAGGCUGCAGAGCUGCUUCCAGGAGAGACAGAGGGACAUUAAACGUGCUCUGCAGAAGGACCUCGGCAAGAGCGAGUAUUCCUCUGAGCUGUAUGAAAUGCUGCUAGUGGAGGCAGAGAUCCACCUUUCAGUGACGAGGCUGGCAGAGUGGGCAGCUCCUCGGCCCGUGGAGAAGAACAUCUUCACGCUAUCGGAUGAUGUCUACGUCAAACCAGAGCCCCUGGGAGUGGUUCUGAUCAUUGGACCCUGGAACUAUCCCUGGUCUCUCACUCUGCUGCCACUAGUGGGAGCUAUAGCAGCAGGUGAUGCAGCAAUAGUUAAACCCUCUGAGAUCAGCUCCAACUCCUCAAAGGUCAUGGCUGAACUUCUUCCCCUCUACUUAGACCAGGAUUUAUACCCAGUGGUGGAAGGUGGUGUCCCAGAAACCCAGGAGCUGCUGAAGCAGAGAUUUGAUCACAUCUUCUACACAGGCAGUACCUCAGUAGGCCAACUGGUGAUGGAGGCCGCAGCUCGCCACCUCACUCCUGUGACGCUGGAGCUGGGAGGGAAGAGUCCCUGUUUCAUAGACAAGAACUGUGAUAUUAAAACUGCAUGUCGCCGCAUCACGUGGGCCAAGUUCAUAAACUGUGGUCAGACCUGCAUUGCUCCAGAUUUUAUUCUGUGUGAACCUUCUGUCCAAAGCAGAGUAGUGGAAGCGAUCAAGAAGUGCAUUAAGGAGUUUUACGCCGACAGCCCAAAGACCAGUGACGACUAUGGCCGCAUUGUCAGUCAGCGGCAGUUCAGGAGGAUCAUGGGUCUCAUGGACGGGUGCACCGUUGCGUUUGGUGGAGAUGCUGAUGAAUCCCAGGGCUACAUAGGCCCCACUGUGUUACAGGAUGUAACGGCUGAAUCCAAAGUGAUGCAGGAGGAGAUCUUUGGACCACUGCUGCCCAUCAUCACAGUGGAUGGUGUGGAUGAGGCCAUCCGCUUUAUGAAUAAGAGAGAGAAGCCGUUAGUCAUCUACGUGUUUUCCCAUGAUGAUAAGCUGAUCAAAAAAGUGAUAGCUGAGACAUCUAGUGGAGCGCUGGUGGCCAACGAUUGUAUUGUUCACUUCCUGGACAGCGCCCUGCCGUUUGGGGGGGUUGGUCACAGCGGUAUGGGGCGCUACCGCGGCCGCCACACCUUUGACCAACUCAGCAACCUACGCAGCUGCAUGAUCAAGCAGCUGAAGAUGGAGGCACUCAACAGCAUGAGAUACCCCCCCCUCAGUGCGAAGAAGCUCGGCUGGGCCCGCCGCUUCGUGCUCUCGCACGUUAAUGUGCAGAGGCUGCGCAGUAUGGGGGCGUUGGUGGUGCUGGCGAUGCUGGCCGGCCUUGCUGCGUUUGUGGUUCAGGUAAAGGAACGCUGCCAUGCUUCUCCUAAUCAGAUAACAUGUCACCAUAUUUCCCAUCAUGCAGUGCUAGGUUCCUGCGCUGAAUCCCAGCGGUUCCUGCUGGUUCUGGACCCCAUCCUGGAUGACUGA